GUCCGGCAGCUGCCGGCUGGGGCUUUAGUGACUUCCUUGUUGUGAGCCCCGGCCCGGCAGUGUCCGGACUCGUAGCCCCGCCGCCCUCACCGGGACCGCUAGCCCGAGUCUAGGUCGCAGCCGCAACUCCAGCCCAUCGCUUCCCUUUUCAGCACAGGUUUUCCCACCCGCACGCCUCGCGCUCCCUAACAUGCCCAUCCCCAGCAGCACCUCCUCUCCCUACUCCCUCCCUGAGGAAAUUAGGAACCUGUUGGCAGAUGUUGAAACAUUUGUAGCAGACACGCUGAGAGGGGAAAAUUUAUCCAAGAAAGCAAAGGAGAAGAGAGAAUCCCUUAUUAAGAAGAUAAAAGAUGUAAAGUCUAUCUAUCUUCAGGAAUUUCAAGACAAAGGGGAUGCAGAAGAUGGGGAAGAAUAUGAUGAUCCUUUUGCUGGACCCCCAGACACGAUUUCAUUAGCCUCAGAAAGAUAUGAUAAAGAUGAUGAAGCCCAUUCUGAAGGAAACCAAUUUCCUCCAAUUGCAGCACAGGACCUUCCUUUUGUUUUAAAGGCUGGCUACCUUGAGAAACGUAGAAAAGAUCACAGCUUUCUGGGAUUCGAAUGGCAGAAACGGUGGUGUGCUCUCAGUAAAACAGUAUUCUAUUAUUAUGGAAGUGAUAAAGACAAGCAGCAGAAAGGUGAAUUUGCAAUAGACGGCUACAAUGUCAGAAUGAAUAACACUCUCAGGAAAGAUGCAAAGAAGGAUUGCUGUUUUGAAAUCUCUGCUCCUGAUAAACGGAUCUAUCAGUUCACAGCAGCGUCUCCCAAAGAUGCGGAGGAAUGGGUACAGCAGCUGAAAUUUGUCCUACGAGACAUGGGAUCUGAUGUUAUUCUUGAAGAUGAUGAUGAAAGAGGGGAAUUAUAUGAUGACGUGGACCAUCCUCUGCCAACCAGCAGUCCGCCAGCAGGCAGCCAACCACUCGAUGAUGAAAUUUAUGAAGAACUUCCAGAGGAAGAAGAGGACAGUGCUCCCGCACAUGGGGAGGACCAAAGGAAGAUGAGUCAGGACAGUGCUCUCCCCACCACAGGAGAUAAAAACACCGAUUAUGCUAAUUUUUACCAGGGUUUGUGGGACUGCACAGGAGCUCUUUCUGAUGAAUUGUCAUUUAAACGUGGUGAUGUGAUUUACAUUCUUAGCAAGGAAUACAAUAGAUAUGGCUGGUGGGUAGGAGAAAUGAAGGGAGCCAUUGGCUUGGUGCCGAAAGCCUACAUAAUGGAGAUGUAUGAUAUUUGAGAGUCCUGGUAGGAAAAAUCAACAUUUCAACUGAAGACAGAACUUAAGAUGCAACUCUCCCUUUCUGCCUGCAGCAAAGGAAGAUUCUUCUGCUAGCCAGUUAAAUGCUUUGGAUUUAGAAUCAUCUCGAAAGCCUGUGUGGCAGCUCAUAACCUUUUUGUGUUUUAUUGAACGUUUGUCUUGUAGUGUUAUUUUUAUGCAUUCCUUAUAAUAUUCCUCUGAUGUGAAAUUAAAUAAAGAAUAUUAAUGUAAACUAGAUGCAGGUAGGAAACUUGUGCCUGUUGCUGCUUUGCUAAGAAAUAAAUGUAGUUAUUUACUCAUUUGAUUUGUGUGAAGAACUCAGCACAACUUGAUGUGUACCCCACAGUCACUGCUACUUUCAUUAUGAGUUGUAGUAAUUUCUCUUCACGUUGGAUGUCAAUUAUAUUUUAGAAUGUAAUAUGCAAUUUCAUAGAAAUCUUAAUUGAAUAUAUCAUGCGAACUUUGGGUAGGUAGACGCUUUCUCAAGAAUGUAGCUUUGUUAACACUUUGGAGGUGAUCUAUCUUAGUGCUUAUCUUUCACACAGAAGUAACAUAUUUUCAUGAGAGAAUUUGACUGAUUGGAAAGUUUCCUUCAUGUUAAAUACAGCCACAAGAAAGAAAAAAGGAUAGAGCUGCUGAUGUUCGUGUGCGGAUGCCUACAACACUUGAGCAGCCCAGAACCGUGGCCCGUGCAAAGCCCUUUAUCAAGAGCAAACGUCCUGAGUAGAGGAUGGACUUGCCAACGUUUUCCACCACGGUUCUGUUUAAACUUAAUAAAAUUUUAAAAAAUUCAUAAGAAAGCCCUUUCUGUGUAACACAAGGGCGUAAAGAGUCUCUGUGUAUUUUCAACGUUAAGAAGACCUAACAGAGCACUGCCUUAUCCUGCCUGAUCAUUGCUGUGCUGCUGAAAUCCCAGCACAGGGCAGGAGAGCCCCAGGUCCGAGUCUCCUCUACGCUUCUCAGAGGAGUCAGAAGAAAAGGAAGGGCUCAGAGAGGACAGCAUAGCAAUCAUGGCGGGAACAUGUAUCAACAGGUGAAUGGAGAGGGAGUGUUAGCCGACGCUGGAGGUAUAUGUUGUGCUGCCGGAGCAAGAUCUGUGGAAUGAUUACAUUACCUUUCCGUAUAUAUUUGAAAUCAAGGGUAUUUUAAAUGCCGAUAAGGUACUUGCAGCGUGGCCUUGAUAUAUAUCAAAAUGUACUGCUGAUUGGUUAAUUAUUUGAUGUAAAUAGACUCAUCUAAUUUCGAAUCAUCGAUUAGGGGGUACUACCUUUGUUGAACUUUUCAGACGUUUGUUUUAUAAAGAUUCUAACCAGGAAUGAACUAAUACUAUGUAACCCCCCACUUUAUUUAUAGAAAACUGUUUAUAAACAACAUUUCAGAACUUAAGUUUAACGUUUUCUCUUCAAUACUGUGAUCAUCAGAUUUCAAAUGUGAUGAAAUACAUAUUUCAGAUUGUGGGUCGACUCUAACUUACACAAAUUAGACAUUGUCAAGUUAAAGCUUUCAGAAAUGAAUGUGUGCACUCGCUGACCUGUUCCUAACAGAGGUCUGUUGGAGCAGGUUGAAAUCAUCUUGGCAAAAAUGAGACAACCGGAGCCAAAUUUAGUGGUUUGGUUUUCAAAGCCUGCGAGGUGGGAAGCAAAAGCAGUUGUGGGUUUCCCCUGAAAAAUGCAGUCUUGGUUCUGGAUACAGGUUUCAUGCCUCUGGGUGAAGGGAAGAUUUUCGUGCUCGGCCAGUAGGUGGCAGCAGCUUUUCAUCGCAUCCGAAAGCACUAGGAAGCCCCUCCCCCACUCAGGCACCGACUGGAGCUGAAUGUAAAGCGUGUAAGAGUUUUGCCUCCUUUUACAGUUAAACCAGGAGAGGGAGUCCUUUGCCAACUGAUGACCGACAAUUCCAAGCCAGAUAGUCUCUCUGUGAAGGGGGACAAUCCAGAUUGAAAUAAAGUGUUACUUCUGUC